AUGCAGUCCGCCACACACCGAGUCAACAGGAACAGCCUGUUCCUGACUCUGAAGCGAUACAGCUCGGCCGUCCGCGACAUGGAGCAGACCAUCCUCCUGCCCAGCCUGCUGCGGGACGUGCCCUCCGAGGACCCGUGGGACUGCGAGGCGGCAGAGGAAGCCUGCAGAGACCUGCACGCCAACUACCUGAUGCUCAAGGCCAUCAGGAACACGGCGGAGAGCAGCCUGGUUCCCCUAGAUGACCUCAAAGCCAAGAAGACCGCACUCGACAAGGCCCUGGAACCUCUUUUGGACGCUGAUCCCGAAGCCCUCUUCCACUUCCAUCUGAACGGACUGUUUUCUGUGAUGAGUGACCUCACCAAUAAGGCUCACAGCGUCACGGAGAAGUACCUGGACAUAAUUGGAGUGGCAAACUAA